AACCCUGGUCUGUGACUGGAAAUCACACUGAGCAGCCCGAUUUUCUGCUGAGUAGGAGCUGUGCCUUCAGAAUGUCUGGGCGAGGUAAAGGUGGCAAGGGGCUGGGUAAGGGAGGCGCCAAGCGCCACCGGAAGGUGCUGCGGGAUAAUAUCCAAGGCAUUACAAAGCCUGCGAUCCGCCGUCUCGCCCGACGUGGGGGCGUCAAGCGCAUUUCUGGUCUCAUCUACGAGGAGACCCGGGGAGUCCUCAAAGUCUUCCUGGAAAACGUGAUCCGCGACGCGGUGACUUACACGGAGCACGCCAAGCGCAAGACCGUCACGGCCAUGGAUGUGGUGUACGCGCUGAAACGCCAGGGUCGCACCCUCUAUGGUUUUGGCGGCUGAGCUAUCCCCACAGCUUUUCUACAGACUCCAAAAGGCCCUUUUCAGGGCCCCCAAACUGUCACAGAAAGAGCUGUUAACACUUCCUAGAUAACGGGUAAAUAUCAGCCCUUUGAUGCCGCCUUCCGGAUACCGGGAAUGGGACAUUCGGCGGCCCGAGCAUCUGCUCGGGAUUAGGCUUGGCGGGCGCGGGGAGUCCGCCUGUACUUAGAAACGACCCUGGAGGUGCCGCGCAACGCAGUAGUGACCUCCCAGACUGCGGAUUUUGUUUAGAAGAGUGCUUCUCCAAAGCCCCAGUGUUAGAACUGGUCAUGGGCUUCUAAGCGGCCGAGUCGUUGGCCCAUAAGCACGUAUCGGAUGGCUUCCAUGUAAAUCAGGGCUUAGGUGACUUCCUGCCGGCCUUCAGGGGUGAGCGUCACGCGUCAUAGGGCGGUUCGUGCGUGUGCAGGGCCUGCUAGGUCGCAGGAAAUGGGAGGUCGCAGCACGCCGCUACCUGCAAGCCCGAAAGCUGAAUGCAGCCCUAGUGUGGCGCGUUGUAGUGUACUAUUUUACUUCAUCGCUGACGUUGUGAGUGAAGGGUGACCAAGCUCAGAUGCUGAGAUUAAGGCGGCCGGGCGAAACUCGCGGCACCCUGCGGUUCUCGUAGCCAGCUGCGUAAAGUUGCCUACGCCGAGCGCGUGGCGUCCUGCUCGGCCACCUGGCGCCGGGCGUGGAGUUGGCAGGCAGGCAGUGGCGGUCACGCCGGCAUGAAAGGCCAGAUCGCCUGCAGGUCGCCAAGUUGCCGGGAAUCCUCCGCUCCGGGCAGUGUCAUGCCCACCACAAAUGACCCUAUCGCAGCCGGGAGGAAGGCUCCCCCGUUCCUUUUUGCUGACAUGUCACUUGUAAGUACUUUCUCCUACUCCAUAAAGACUUCAAGUGAGUACACAAUACUGGUGUUAGUUUAAUUUCUAGAACAGUGAGACACUCGCAGAAGUUCAAUUUUCUUUAAUGCAAGUGAAAAAUUGAGUUACUUAAAAGAAAUAGAGUCUGGCAUACUUUUAUGCCCUUAAUAUUUGUUGCAUGACCAAAUGCGUGAUUUUGGGUUUCACAUAAAUUAAGGAUGAAAGUUAGGGCCCCGAUGGAGGAUAGAAAUACUGUAGAUAUUUGUAUGACAAUUAAAACUCUUAAGUAUUUAAUUUAUAUGGAAUUGUUUAAAUAUUUUAUGGUUUUGGGUUUUGGUUUGUUUUUUUUUUGUAGUGGUCUCAAUUCUUUGAUCAGAAUAGAACUUAUAUUUUCCCUUGUAGCAUAGUUAUUUUUUUUGUUUGCGUUUUGUUCUUUAUAAAAUAUAACCUAAUUAUCCAAACCCAGGAAAUAUUUAUUUUUGUCUGUGACUGUGAGUCCUAUGUUAUAGUAAGUACCCAGUCCUGACAGUAAUCAUGUCUUCCAAACCAAAACUGGGUCACAUGGUUCAAUAACUGAACAGAAUAUCUCAAACUGAAAAUGACCAAGAUUUUCUGAAGUUUACUAUUAACAAUAAAAUUGCUUACUGAAAAUGUUAAAGAACUUGACUUAAAACUGUAAUGCCUCACUUAAAAUGUGAAUGAGUGGGGCGGGGUGGGGGUGGCUAUAAUCCCAGCACUUUGGGAAGGAUGAGGCAGUAGGAUUGCUGGAGGCCAGGAG